AUGGCUCCAGAUGGCAACACUUUGCGAGGAAGGCCAGCUCAUACUCCCGGAACCACCGUUAUAGCCUAUACACCGAACGGCCGACAAGUAAUUACUGGCGGGUCCAACUCAGCAAUCCGAGUAUUCUCAGUCGGCGAGCAUGGCGAACCGAAAACAAUCGAUGAGGGUGUGGAAAGCCAUUUGGCAAUCGCGGCAACUAACCAAUCCAUAAUAUUGGGAUCCGAAGAUGGCACUGUAUGGCUUUACAAGCUGCACGAAGGCACAAUGGAUAAGCCUUUGGUUCGAUGUACCCUACCGGUCCGUGACGUAGCUCUCUCGAAAGACGAGGAAUGGGUUGCGGUUGCUAGUGAUGAACUCACCGUCAAAAUUGUGAAUAUCAACGAUAUUACCGAAGUGAAGUAUUUACGAGAUCAGGCCAAGGGAGCUAAACAUGUAACUUUUGACCCAAGUGGUCGUUACGUCACAGUUUCCUGUUCAGACGGCAUAAUAUAUAUCUACUCGUUCACCGAGGCGGAGCCUACGUUACUGCAAAAACUCGAUGGAGUGAUUCGACGGCUUGAAACGGACCAUGAAGCGACGUCAAGCGCAGUUUGGCAUCCGGACGGAACCGCAUUCGCUGCGGUAGAGGCAACUCGGGAUAUCACGGUGAUAUCAAGUAGAGAUUGGACUAAACAGAAGAAAUUCUCCGAUGGACAUAAUGGAGAUAUCACCUGUCUUGCUUGGUCUCCCAAUGGUGCACUACUUGCGAGCGCAGGAGCAGAUCGAAAGGUCCUCCUAUGGGAAACUAGAACCCAGAAAGUGAUAAAGUCCUUUGAUAUCCCGAAUGUUCUCAAUUUUUGCUGGCAUCCCACUCAAAAUUCCGCGGCCUUUACCACUUCAGAUGGAGAAUUGUUUAUUUACGAUGAUUUUGUGCCAUCAGAUCACCGCCCGCUACUAUUAAAGACGUUAGAGGUGGCGCCGCUGCUCUCGAUCGGGUCCAGUGAAGGAGUUGCAAUCUCUCACAGACCACAAAAAAACCUUGUGAGCAAUAAUGCCGGAAGCAGACACAGAGGAGGCACCCCGGAUUCUCUCGAUGAUAUACUAGGACCAGCAGAUGACGAGGACGACUUUGUCGAAGAUGACGAUGGCGCCGGUUACACUGAAGACAUUAAUGGACAUGGGAAGAGGGCAAAUACUCAUAUGGAGGAGCUAUUCGGCCAUGAUAGCAAACGGAGACCAACAGUUCCUUGGAAGACCAUUGCACAUGAGCCAUUUCAGCCAGGCAGUACACCCUGGAGAGGUAGUAGGAGGUACCUUGCCUUGAAUCUCAUAGGGUUUGUAUGGACAGUUGAUCAAGACACGCACAAUACUGUCACUGUUGAAUUCUAUGAUCGAGAGAGGUACCGUGAUUUCCAUUUCACAGACCCUUAUCUCUAUGAUAAAGCGUGCUUAAAUGAAAAGGGGACGCUAUUCUCGUGCCAACCGACAUCGGGCAGCGCAGCAAUGGUAUUUUACCGGCCACAUGAGUCCUGGACUACAAGAGCGGACUGGCGGACUGAACUCCCAGAAGGUGAAAAGAUUACAGCCAUCGCACUAAGCAGCUCCUAUAUUACAGUCACUACAUCUACAGAUUAUGUUCGAAUUUAUACCCUUUUCGGGACCCCAUAUCGAGUCUUCCGACAAAAGAGCCAGACAGUAACCUGCGCUGCCUGGAGGGACUACAUAUUUACCGUUGGUAACGGUCCUGCUGGUAGUGACGGAGUGGCACACCUGAAAUACUCCAUUGAAAAUGUUCGACGGGACGAGAUUUGCCAAAACGAAGACACGGUUGCACUGGCAGGAGGUACACAACUGAAAAGCGUUUUUUUUUCAGACAAGGGUGACCCCUGCAUAUACGACAGCUCAGGUACUCUCCUUGUCUUACAACACUGGCGCAAACCGGGACAAGCCCGUUGGGUACCGCUACUUGACACCAAGCUGCUUGAGCGUGUUGCAAGUGGUCGGAAGGAAGAAACCUAUUGGCCUGUUGCAGUAGCGCAAGAUGUAUUCCACUGCAUUAUCCUCAAGGGUGGAGAUAAAUACCCCUACUUCCCUCGACCACUGCUCACCGAGUUCGAAUUUCAAAUUCCAAUAUCCUCAAUCGUGUCGAAAGAUAAAGUCAAUAUAGAUGGAGACGCCGAAAUGGACGAUGCGGAGGAAAUCGCCAGAACUAGUAACAAGAAGUUGCAGGAAUCCCUUGUCAGAACCAACCUGGACUUCACCCUUUUGGAAGACCGCAUUGCCGCUUCUGAAAUUGGCGCAGCUGGUGAAACUGAGCUGAGGCGGAAGGCUGUCGAUAUCGACAAGAUUCUCCUACAGCUGCUUGCUGUUGAGUGCCGAGAGGGCGAGGAAAGGGGUAUGAAAGCCCUGGAACUCGUCACUAUGCUUCGAGACCGCUCAGGGAAGAUGCUAGAUGCUGCCAGCAAGAUUGCCCAGAGGUACCAGAGGUCUAUCCUUGACGACAAGAUCAGGGCAAUCGCCGAGAAACGGCUGAUGGGCGAGGACGAUGACGAUGACAUCACCGGGGAUAAUGACGAUAUAUAG